UGGUUACUGGUGUAGCUUGGUCUUAGCCUACUUGUUUAUUAUUAUUAUUUUUUAAAUUAUUAUAACAAAUUGGAUAUUUGUGCACGUUGUAGUAAGUACUCUCAUCGUUAGAUGAAGUAUCUGUUAAAACAGACCUCAAUAUGACAGCGUCGUAAACGAAUGAAGUGAGACUGGAAACAUGAAUACAUACAUUAUGAUAUUCCUGCCUAUUUAGAUAUAUACUUGUAAUGAUAGCAACUGUCGGGUGAUGCGUUUUUCAUUUUACAAUGUUUGAUCAUCUCUUUUCGGCAUGGCUGUGGCUUGGAUCAAACCGUCCAGGUUAUUGUAGUGGAACAUUUUUAAUACUCCUAUUAAUUUUGUCGACUUGGCUCUGUGGUAUUCACGCCAGUCUAAGUUUAGGACCAGGCGGGGAUUUUCCUGGAUUUUAUGAUUUCAUCUUCUACGCCUUCAGUAACGAGGAGUUAACCUCAUUUCUCUACAACAUCACUCUGCUGCUGUGGCUCGGGCCCUGUCAGGAGAGAAGAUGGGGCACUUUUGUGUUCCUAGCCCUCUCCUUUAUCUCUACUGUGCUCCUUCCUCCUAUUUAUGCCCUCUUUCUCUUUGUUACCGGGGAUGAAGCCAGCAGGGUCAGUGGUUACUCAGCCACCCACCUUGUCCUGCUCACAGCUCAGUGUCGGCAGGUGAAGCAGAGGAGAGUCUUGCGCUGUGUCCCUGUCUGGUCCUUGCCUUGGCUCCUCUUGAUCCUCGACCUCUUCCUGCUUCCCAGUGCUCCUGGCCUGCUGCACUUUUAUGCCAUUUGCCUGGGGCUCAACUACAAUAAUGAGUUUAUUGAAAUACUGGAGCAGAUAGAGAAACUGGGUGCAUGUGCCUGCUUGCCAAAAUGGGCUUACAUCCCUGUUACCUCUCAUCCACACCUGCCUGUUUACCACAACACCUCAAUAAGACCAGAGCCAUCAACCAGUAGAUCCCAGUUGGAAGAUCAUUCUGCAUGGCAGCAUUCUGUGUCUGAGUGGCAUCAGGAGCCUUUGAUGGCAACUGAUUCACAGCUGUUAGAGGAGGAGAUGCUGAGAGCAGGGAUACUAGCAUCACUCCACGACGCACCCGAAGGUGUUGCGGACAAAGUGGAAGUACCCAAGUCCUCAGUGUCCUCUAUACGGUUGCAACAGCUAGAGAAGAUGGGCUUCCCCACAGAGAAAGCUGUUGUGGCUCUGGCCGCUACAGGGCAGCUGGAUGGAGCAAUCUCUCUGCUUAUUGAUGAUCAGAUUGGGGAGGAGGCUGUGGUCAUCUCAAAAGGAAAGAAGUCAGCGGCAUAGCUCAGGGAUACUGCUUCAAACUGAAGCUGUACUAUAGGUUUGCUCUAUUUCAUUCCAUUACUUAAGCAAUAGUUCAACCAAAAAUGAAAAUUAGCUGAAAAGUCACUCACUCUCAGGGCAUCCAAAAUGAAGAUUAGUUUGUUUCUUCAUUGGAACAGAUUUGGAGAAAUUUAGUAUUAC